GUUGAAAAUAUAAGUGAUGAAGUUAAGAAAAUUAAAAGUCUAAAUAAUAAAGUUAAAAAAAUUAAAAGUUCAAAUGAUGAAACUGAAACAAUUGAAAGUAAAAAAGUUAAAAGGAUUGAGAGUUCAGAAGAUAAAAAUGAUA